GCCGUCCGACCUAUAAUUAAACGUGGCCGCUGCGUUAGCAAAUGCCGGUUUGUUCAGUACGAUAAAGUUAGCGGUCGGUGAACGAUGUUCUCUCGCGAUUAGUUUGACCUAAUUAUAUCGUUGGGGGGAAUUGAAUAAAUUUAUAAUAAAAUAUAAUAAAUAUAGACUAUUUUGAUUGCGCGUUUAACGUUACUUCAUCCUCAACUCCCGAAUUAAUGUACUGUAAGUACCAAAUACGUUCUAUAAAAGAUUUCAAUUCACUUUCGAUUCGUAUUUGAGCAGCUAAAUGAAUUAAAUUAAUAGUUGAACUUCAGAGGCUUGAAUGGUCAGAGUUUAAAAAUUAAAUUCGACCUCGCGGGCAAUGAUCUUAACUGAUCAUGGACGGUGAUCUGAAAUACGGUGUAUGCCCGGUGUGCGGCAAAAACGCCACGUUGAAAUGCAGUGGAUGCAGACGCGAAUUUUACUGCGACAAGUCGCACCAGUCCCAAGACUGGCCGCGUCACAGGUCCACGUGCAGCGGCUGGGAAAUGGGUCGCGACUCCGCGCUUGGACGGCACUUGCUGGCGACCAGGGAUCUGGCGCCGGGAGACGCAAUCCUCACGGAGGCGCCUUUGAUCUGGGGACCAUCGACCCACGCGAAUCAGCGGGUCUGCGUCGGUUGCGGCGAACGGUGCGACAACGUCGACGCGAGAUGCGGCGGGUGUUGCUGGCCGGUGUGCAGGCCCGAUUGCGGGAGGCUGCUCGACAAGAAGAGGCACCAGCUGGAGUGCGCUCUCCUCGCGCGCGCUAGAAUUGUUCCCAGAUGCGAGGUGCUACUGGUGAUUCGUAUACUGAUACUGUGGCGUACGAAAUCGCGACGCUGGACGUCCUUGGCCAAUCUGCAGAGUCACGUGGAGUCACGAGGACCCGGCACGGAGGCUCACGACGAAGUGUCGAGUGUGAGCCAGCGUCUCGGGCCACUUUUGUCGAUGGCAUCCGAUUGCAAGGACGUUCUGCCGACGAUUUGCGGCCUGAUCGACGUGAACGCGUUGGAGACCGCGCCGCCGGAAGGCUCCGUGGCGAUUUACGAGCACGCGUCUCUUCUGGAGCAUUCCUGUAUCGCGAACACGCGACACAGUUUUCGCAUCGACGACAAAGGCAGGCCGCGUAUUACGGUGUAUGCGGUCACGUCUAUUAAAAGAGGGGAACAUUUGAGCACCAUGUACACGCACGCGCUUUGGUCCACCAAGGCCAGGAGGGAACAUCUCCUUGCCACGAAAUACUUCGCUUGCCGAUGCAAGCGUUGCGCGGAUCCCACAGAAUUGGGCACGCACUUGGGCACCCUGAAUUGUCCCUGCAAAAACGGACUUAUGCUGCCGAACGAUCCCUUAAAUCCAAAUACCGAUUGGUCUUGUAACGCGUGUCCGGGAACAGUAACAUCCUCGGAGGUCGCGCAGUUGACGGACAGGCUGGAUGAAGACGUAGUGGAGAUUAUGAAGCAGGCGACCGAGCAUACGCUAUCCGAUCUUCUUUCACGGCUUACGGUGCUGCUGCAUCCCGGCCAUCAGCAUUGCGUAUCCGUGAGUCACUCGCUGAUGCAGCUACUGCCGGCGACCGAUCCACGAAAGUCCGAGUUAUGUAAACGCGUCAUGGACACGGUAAGCCGAUUGGAUCCGUACGGCGCUCGUCUGGCGCUUUACACGGCGGUCACCCUGCGAGAGCUCGCGAUGUGUCCGGGCGAGGAUAAGCGAGCCCAUCUCGCCAGAGCGGCCACGUUGCUGAAGGCGGAACCGCCAAAUUCGCCCGGUGAAAGGCUUCGCAGGCUCAUCGAAGUGGAACUCUGAUCCCGUCGCGACGCGCAACCAGUAGCUAUAUAUUUUUGUUAUUACACAACCGAAUAUGUAAAAUAAGGAAGGUUUUUACAGUUUCUAUCACAAAUAAGAGGAAGUUGUAUACGCGCGAGCAACAAUUUAACUUGCUUGUCUGUCUAAAUUUUUUCGUUUAUUCGUUUUCUCGAUUUCAUGUGUAAUCUCUAUUCGCAACUACAGGUAGCCGUAAAAGUGGCAAAAAGUAUUCAUUGUACUUAUUUAGGGUGAAAGGAGUACGUAUAAAAAAACUUAUAACUAUAUAAAGAAUGUAUACAUACAUGUUAUACAAAUAUCAAAAUAUACGUUGAUAUGUAUGCUUGUGAUCGCUCCGCAUUUAUCGCGGAUGUCGUGUGUAUGUAUACGCGUGUGUACUUGUAUGGUUGUUACGUGUCGUAAAAUCUAGACUAGAUGACUGUGCCCCCUGCGACUGAACGUAAUCCUUAGAUCCGACUUCUCGUCGCGCGUAUUAUUUUCACAUUGAUAUGCGCUCAAUGCUCCCGCGAUUGGUUGGCAAGCAGACUUAAUUAGCGAGAUAAAAUAAUUCACUUGUGAAAAGAAAAAGAGAUAUUUAUCGAAAUUCGAAGUUUGAGAUAGUCGCCGUUUGUACUUAACUAUAAAUAAAAUUUUAGAACACAGUGAAAA